AUGUCUAAGGUCACAGGUGGCCACCAGAAUAUUGAAGCACAAAUUCGUGAAAUUCAAGGAAAGAAACCUGCUCUUGAUGAAGCACAAGGAGUAGGCCUUGAUUCCACAGGAUAUUAUGACCAAGAAAUUUAUGGUGGCAGUGACAGCAGGUUUGCUGGAUACGUCACUUCCAUUGCAGCAACUGAAUUGGAAGAUGAUGAUGAUGACUACCCUUCUACCAGUUUGCUUGGCCAGAAGAAGCCAGGGUACCAUGCUCCAGUGGCACUGCUCAAUGACAUACCACAGUCUACUGAACAGUACGAUCCCUUUGCAGAGCACCGGCCCCAGAAGAUCGCAGACCGGGAGGAUGAGUACAAAAAGCACAGGCGGAUGAUGAUAAUUUCCCCUGAGCGUCUUGAUCCCUUUGCAGAUGGAGGGAAGACUCCAGAUCCUAAAAUGAAUGCCAGGACAUACAUGGAUGUUAUGCGUGAACAGCAUUUAACCAAGGAAGAGAGGGAAAUUAGGCAACAACUAGCUGAAAAAGCUAAAGCUGGAGAGCUCAAAGUCGUCAAUGGAGCUGCGUCUCAGCCACCUUCCAAACGCAAGCGGCGCUGGGAUCAGACAGCUGAUCAGACUCCUGGUGCCACGCCCAAGAAAUUAUCCAGUUGGGAUCAAGCAGAGACUCCUGGCCAUACGCCGUCUCUGCGGUGGGAUGAAACUCCAGGCCGUGCUAAGGGUAGUGAAACUCCUGGUGCCACCCCAGGCUCGAAAAUCUGGGACCCAACUCCCAGUCACACCCCAGCAGGAGCUGCCACACCCGGGCGGGACACGCCAGGCCAUGCCACACCAGGCCACGGAGGGGCCACCUCCAGCGCGCGCAAAAACCGCUGGGACGAAACACCCAAAACAGAGAGAGAUACCCCUGGCCAUGGCAGUGGGUGGGCUGAGACACCUCGUACGGACAGGGGUGGUGACUCCAUUGGGGAGACACCAACCCCAGGAGCAAGUAAAAGGAAGUCGCGAUGGGAUGAAACACCUGCGAGCCAGAUGGGUGGCAGCACUCCUGUCCUGACCCCUGGCAAAACACCCAUUGGCACACCAGCUAUGAACAUGGCAACCCCUACACCAGGUCAUAUCAUGAGCAUGACUCCUGAACAGCUGCAGGCUUGGCGUUGGGAAAGGGAGAUUGAUGAGAGAAACAGACCACUUUCUGAUGAGGAAUUGGAUGCUAUGUUUCCAGAAGGGUAUAAGGUCCUUCCCCCCCCAGCUGGUUACGUACCCAUCCGCACUCCAGCUCGGAAGCUCACAGCGACCCCAACACCCUUGGGGGGCAUGACUGGGUUCCACAUGCAGACAGAAGACAGGACCAUGAAAAGUGUUAAUGACCAGCCAUCUGGCAAUCUCCCAUUCCUAAAGCCAGAUGAUAUCCAGUACUUUGAUAAACUGCUGGUUGAUGUUGAUGAAUCAACUCUGAGCCCCGAGGAACAGAAGGAGAGAAAAAUAAUGAAAUUACUUCUGAAAAUCAAGAAUGGCACACCUCCCAUGAGGAAGGCUGCAUUGAGACAGAUCACUGACAAAGCUCGGGAGUUCGGAGCAGGGCCCUUGUUCAACCAGAUUCUGCCUCUGCUCAUGUCACCCACACUGGAAGAUCAGGAACGUCACUUGCUCGUCAAAGUCAUCGACAGGAUUCUGUACAAACUGGAUGACUUGGUCCGACCAUACGUACACAAGAUCCUUGUGGUCAUUGAACCUCUGCUGAUUGAUGAAGACUACUACGCUAGAGUGGAAGGCAGGGAAAUUAUUUCCAACUUGGCUAAGGCUGCUGGUUUGGCAACAAUGAUCUCCACCAUGCGACCUGAUAUUGAUAACAUGGAUGAGUAUGUCCGGAACACGACAGCUCGAGCCUUCGCCGUCGUUGCAUCUGCUCUGGGCAUUCCUUCGCUGUUACCCUUCCUGAAAGCUGUCUGUAAGAGCAAGAAGUCCUGGCAGGCCAGGCACACUGGCAUCAAGAUUGUACAGCAGAUUGCUAUUCUCAUGGGUUGUGCUAUCUUGCCUCAUCUCAGGAGCUUGGUUGAAAUUAUUGAACAUGGUCUGGUGGAUGAGCAGCAGAAGGUUCGCACCAUCAGUGCUUUGGCCAUUGCUGCUUUGGCUGAGGCAGCUACUCCCUAUGGUAUUGAGUCCUUUGAUUCUGUCCUGAAGCCCUUAUGGAAGGGUAUACGUCAGCACAGAGGAAAGGGUUUGGCUGCUUUCUUGAAGGCUAUUGGUUACCUGAUUCCCCUCAUGGAUGCUGAGUAUGCAAACUAUUAUACCAGAGAAGUCAUGCUGAUCCUUAUCAGAGAGUUCCAGUCUCCUGAUGAAGAGAUGAAAAAAAUUGUGUUGAAGGUGGUAAAGCAGUGUUGUGGUACAGAUGGUGUUGAAGCAAACUACAUCAAAACAGAAAUCUUGCCACCCUUUUUCAAACACUUUUGGCAGCACAGAAUGGCUUUGGACAGAAGAAAUUACAGACAGUUGGUUGAUACAACUGUGGAGCUGGCAAAUAAAGUUGGAGCGGCAGAAAUUAUUUCUAGGAUUGUGGAUGAUCUGAAAGAUGAGGCUGAGCAGUACAGAAAAAUGGUCAUGGAAACAAUUGAGAAGAUCAUGGGAAAUCUGGGGGCAGCAGACAUUGAUCACAAGCUGGAAGAACAACUUAUUGAUGGUAUCCUGUAUGCCUUUCAGGAACAGACCACAGAGGAUUCUGUGAUGCUGAAUGGCUUUGGCACAGUGGUUAAUGCUCUAGGCAAAAGGGUUAAACCCUACCUGCCACAGAUCUGUGGUACAGUUCUGUGGCGUUUGAACAACAAGUCAGCCAAGGUCCGGCAGCAGGCGGCAGACCUCAUCUCCCGCACGGCUGUCGUCAUGAAGACCUGUCAAGAGGAAAAACUGAUGGGACACUUGGGUGUGGUUUUGUAUGAGUACCUGGGUGAAGAAUACCCUGAAGUACUGGGCAGCAUACUCGGAGCGCUGAAGGCGAUUGUCAAUGUUAUAGGUAUGCACAAGAUGACACCACCAAUCAAAGAUCUGCUGCCUCGGCUGACACCUAUUUUGAAGAACAGGCAUGAGAAAGUGCAGGAGAACUGUAUUGAUCUUGUCGGGCGCAUUGCAGACAGAGGUGCAGAAUAUGUUUCUGCAAGAGAAUGGAUGAGGAUCUGCUUUGAACUGCUUGAAUUGCUAAAAGCUCACAAGAAAGCCAUCAGAAGGGCCACAGUGAACACCUUUGGUUAUAUUGCAAAAGCUAUUGGACCUCAUGAUGUAUUGGCUACACUGCUGAAUAACUUGAAAGUACAGGAAAGGCAGAACAGAGUAUGUACUACAGUAGCAAUUGCUAUUGUGGCUGAAACAUGCUCACCCUUCACAGUGCUGCCUGCACUCAUGAAUGAAUACAGAGUUCCAGAACUGAAUGUCCAGAAUGGUGUGCUAAAAUCUCUUUCUUUCCUGUUUGAAUACAUUGGAGAGAUGGGAAAAGAUUACAUUUAUGCUGUUACACCAUUGCUUGAAGAUGCUUUAAUGGACAGGGAUCUCGUGCACAGACAAACAGCCAGUGCUGUGGUACAGCACAUGUCUCUUGGUGUUUAUGGGUUUGGCUGUGAAGAUUCCCUUAAUCACUUGUUAAAUUAUGUGUGGCCUAACGUUUUUGAAACCUCUCCUCACGUCAUCCAGGCCGUUAUGGGGGCUCUGGAGGGCCUCAGAGUUGCCAUUGGUCCCUGCAGAAUGCUGCAGUACUGUUUACAGGGUUUGUUCCACCCUGCCAGGAAAGUCAGAGACGUUUAUUGGAAGAUUUAUAAUUCCAUCUACAUCGGCUCCCAGGAUGCUCUGAUAGCACAUUACCCAAGGAUCUAUAAUGAUGAAAAGAACACCUAUAUCCGUUAUGAACUCGAUUACAUCUUAUAAUUCUCUCGUUGAGUUGUUUGUGUUCAAUGCACAGCUGUUGUUCAGUUAAAUGCUUCAGAUUUGAUGAUGUAAAAUUUUCCAACUGUGGAGAUCAGUGUAGAGCUGGUCAGAGGCAGAGCUAGGUAUCCAGUAGCAUGAUUUUUUAAAAUAUGUUCUUGUUUUUUGAUGUUAAACAGUUAAAGCCAGUAGUGACCAAGAGAACAGUGAUUACAAUGUACUGGAGGGAUUUCGUUUCGGAUUCAUCUUUAUGAAGAUUUAGAUUUCAUUCCUUGUGUUUAAAGGGGAAGUUUAUUUGAGAAAUAAACAUUUGUGUAUAAAAACUAAUUUGUGUGUGGUUUUUGGACAGAGGAGCUUGUAAAGUGAGUCCCUUUGGAUUAAGUAUUUGUUCAUGUAAUAAAUAGGUGGUAUAAAGCAUUUUAACCCUUUUUGUCAUCCACUAGCUUUUGAAUAAAUAAGAAAAAUGUACCAACUGUA